GCGUCGGCCAGCGCUCCUGGAGCGCUUCAUCAUGCGGCUCGUGGUGCCGGCCUUAGCGGUGCUCCUGCUGUCGCUGGUGGUGGGCGGCCGGGCCGACCGUCUCCCGUACCAGCUCCGCAUGGGUCUACCGCCGCUGGCACCCCCCAGCGGCGUCUCCCUGGCCGACGUGGAGCGGACGGUGGACCUGCUGGCGGAGCUGAUGGAGGAAAGGACGCUGCCCUCCGGAGAGCGGCUGGCCGUGUCCCGCCUGGCGGUGCCAACGCUCCAGGCCAGUGACGGCCUCUGCCGGGCGCACAGCAGAAUCUUCUGGGACGAGCUGACAGGAGAGGCCCUGUGGCCAAAACUCAUGCUGGACGCCACCGGAAAGGUCUCCGACGGCAUACUGGCAGGCAACGUCAACAUUUUUGGAUCGUUCGACGAAUGCCAGUUUAUCACCGUGGAGCUGAACGCGACCAAGUAUCCAGACCUGCCUACCCAGGGGCUGCACUUCGUGGGUCGGUACGUGCCGGUGAUCGCCUUCCCCAUCAUCGCGACUCGUGACAAGCAUGACCUUCAAAAGGAUCCCGCAGACGUCUCUGAGCACGACGACGAUCUCGGUAGCGUCAUCAUCCUGCCCAGUGCCGGCAUGCCUACCGGUGUCAUCGGCAUGUGCGUGCCGUCCAGCUGCUCCGGCGAUGACGUGGCGCGCGGGCUACAGCUGCUGCUCGGCAGAAAGGUGUCCGUGUCCGCGCUCGAGUCGACGACGUCGGAGGAUUCUGUGGAGUUCACGCCGCCGGACAGGGCCGUCAUCACCAUCAUGGCCCUGUUCGGCGGUCUCAUGGUGGCGGGCACCUGCCUGGACCUGCACUACAGGGGCUGCACCCGACGCCUGAUGGCGAUGCUGCAGCUGAAGCCGUGCGCAUGCGUGCCCGGCGCCGAUCCCCCGGCCGGCCAGCAGGGAGACGCGUCAGAUACGUCCCAGCCGCCGAGACGGGCAGCGCCCGGGCGUCCUCAGCAGGCUCUGCUCGCCUUCUCGGUGUACACCAACACUCAGAAACUGUUGGACACCACGCCACGGGAGGGGACGCUCGCCUGUCUACACGGUAUCCGGUUCUUCACCAUGACUUGGGUUGUUCUAGGUCACGCAUGUGGUGGUAUAGUGCAAUUCACUCAGAAUGUGAUAGUUGCCUAUGAUUACUUUAAAAGCCCACUGUUUGAGGUGGUAGCGAAUGCCAUGCCAAGCGUGGACACGUUCUUUCUGUUAUCUGGCGUAUUAGUGGCGUAUGGUUUUUGCAACGUCUACGAGAAAACCAAGAAAUUCAACCUACCUAUGUUCUACAUACAUCGCUACCUGCGACUGACCGCUCCUUACGCUUUCAUGAUUGCUAUUGCGUCCACCUGGUUUAUUUACAUAGGCGAUGGACCAGUUUGGAGCUUUACCAAAUCUUCAGGGCAGUUAAACUGCGUGAAGUACUGGUGGCGAAACCUGUUCUACAUUCAGAACUUCUUCUCGGUUGGUGAGCAAUGUCUGGCGCAGUCGUGGUACCUCGCUGUUGACAUGCAGAUGUUCGUGUUCGCGCCUCUAGUCCUGCUGCCUCUCGUAUGGCGACCGGUGUUCGGCCUCGCCUGGCUCGGCCUCAUCACGACACUCUUCCUGAUCCUGCGCAUGGUGCUUUGGGGUGUGAAGGACAUGCCGCCCAUACCGUUCGGUCUCAGGCCCGAGAAUCAAGAUGAGCUGAUGAAUCAGUACAUGUACCCGUGGAUGCGCUGCACGGUGUGGCUGGUAGGCAUCGGGCUCGGCUUCCUCCUGCACAAGCUGCGCGGCAGACGAGUCACGCUGAGGCCGUGGCAGUAUCUGCCCGGCUGGAUCGCCGCCUUCGCCGUCGGCAUCUCCGUCGUGUACGGCAUGUACGGCUACCAGAUGCCCUGGGACCCGACGCCGAGCAAGGCUGUGGCCGUGGCGUACGGCGGCCUGCACCGAUUGGCCUGGGGCCUCGCCGUCUCCUGGGUUAUUUUCGCCUGCGUCACCGGCUACGGCGGCGCCAUCAACACGUUCCUCUCGUACCCGGGCUUUGUGCCCCUUAGUCGGCUCACCUACGCCGGAUAUUUGAUACAUAUCAAUGUCCUUUACUUCGGAAUUUUCUCUUCCAAGGGCGUUCUGUACUACGAUGGCUUACGACUGGUGUACUGGGUUCUGUCACAGGUCAUUGUUACGUUCGCGUUUGCCUAUGCCUUUUCGAUGACUUUCGAAGCACCCUUUGUCGCCCUAGAAAAGGUAAUGUUCUCAACACCGCCACCGAGGCACGAAAGCCAUACCGAUGCCCGUGCAAAGCAAGAGCGUGUUGACGCAGCGGCGAAUGUGGAAGCAAAAUAAUGCAAUCGUUUUGGAGCACCAGAGCACAGCGUGAGGUGUGUUCAGUCAUCAUAACGCCGUAAGACCAGAUUAGGACAAUAGCAACGGGAUGACAAGAUGCGAUUUUUUAGUUGGGGGUUAUCGAAUUGAGACGAUUGUCAGACUCUGAUAAAUGGGACCCCUGAAUCUUGCUGCCCUGUCACCUUAUCGCCCAGAGUCAGUUGUAUUCGCUGACUUGUGACUGAAACUGGCAUGUGUUGUGCUGUAGUGGUUGGCGUGGACCACGAAGCAGGGGAGGCGACGGAGGAACACUCCUUGGAAAUACAUUAGUUAC